AUGUCAGAAGGAAACUUCACCACAAUUACUGAAUUUAUUUUGCUGGGAUUCACAGAUAACCAGAGUCUGCAGUUUAUUCUCUUCAUAUUAUUCUUAUUGAUUUACUUGUUGAUUCUGCUGGGGAACAUCGGCAUGGUAACAUUAAUCAGGAUUGACUCCCGCCUCCACACUCCCAUGUAUUUUUUCCUCAGCAACCUGUCACUCUUGGAUAUUGGUUACUCCACUGUCAUUGCUCCCAGGACACUGAUGACCUUUGUGGCAGAAAGCAAAACUAUUUCCUUCACUGGCUGUGCCCUGCAGUUUUUCUUAUUUUGCAUUGCUGUAUCCUGUGAGUGCUGCCUGCUGGGUGUGAUGGCAUAUGACCGCUUCAUUGCUAUCUGCAACCCACUGCUGUAUACUGCUAUCAUGUCCAGAAAACUCUGUAAUCUGCUUGUGGCUGGCUCCUAUCUAACAGGUUGUGUGAAUGCAAUUGUCCAGACUUCCAUUAUAUUUAAUUUGUCCUUUUGUAGUUCCAACAUCAUCAACCACUUCUUCUGUGAUGUGCCCCCGAUCCUAAAGCUGUCUUGCUCGGACACAACAGUCAUUGAUAUUAUUCAUUUCAUCUUCGCAACAGCAAUUGUAUUGGUAACGAUAUAUUGUAAGCCCCCUUCAGUCCUGCUGGUCCCAAUGAUUUUGUUGGUAUUGGUAACUGGUGUUAUUGUUAAUAGCUUUGGGAAUAUGCAACAAACUGACAGUACUCUAAAACAAAAUAGAGGAAAGUAA